AUGGGCACAGCUUUUGUUCUGAAGCCAUCCAAAGAGAAACCGAAGCAACUAUCGACCUUCCUCUUCUCCCAGCAUGGGGCCGAGUUUGAGCCUCAUUACACGCUGCGACACCUAGAUCCGGAGCAACAUGCUUCGAGAAACCGAUAUGCCGCAGCUCUUUACGAUGCCUACAGCCCCGAUGUCCUCUACGCGGAAGUGCUCCUCAUUCCAGAAUGGACACAGCCUCCGCCACUGUCAGAACAAGCGAAAGCGAAUGGCGCAAUUCCACCUCCACCAGAGCCCAUCCUCCCAUCCCAGUUUGCGAUACAGCUGUACAACCCAGACCAGCAAAUCAUUGUAAGGCAUAGACCAGCAAGUGUCACCAAAGCUGCGGCGUGGGAAUUUGAAAUGCCGCAACAGACCUUUCGAGCGCCUUCAGGUUCCGUGUUGGACCGCACGCAACACGAUCCUGCUGGUUCAGAAGUCACACCGAAAAUUGUGUUUAAAUGGAAGAAGGACAGCAAGUUCUCGAAAGACCUAGCUUGUUUCAUGUCUGGCAAGAGCACGGAUAUCGAGGGCAAGGCGAAACACCGAGAUCCAGACAUAACGGUAGCAAUAUUCCAGAGCCUGAAAGAGUUGACCCUGUAUGAGCCGAACCUACAGAGAGUCGACGUUGAGGACCUAAAAGGACUGGAGGUGGUUCUUCUGCUCGGAGCUGCGGUCAUACGAGAUGUUUACUUUGGAACUCUCAAAGACACUUUCAACCUGAACACGAGAAAGAAGUCUACUGCGAACGACUCUAGUGGGCCCACUAUUUUGUACCCGGAUGCUGCUACUCAGUCAGCGUCGCCUGUCCAAGAUUCCCGAGUACCUCCAACAGACCCUCGAACUCAGUGGGAACUCGAAGCCGAGGCUGCGAGACUGCGGCGGCAAGCCAUGGAGGAACAACGGCAGAAAAAGCGCAGAGAAGAGGAAGAAGAAAGGUUGACAAGGCAGUUGCUGGAAAGGGAGGAGAAGGAACAGCGAAGAAUGCAACAAGCCAAAGUUGAGCAGGAGACAGAGUGGGUGAAGCGAAUGUAUGGUCGAGAAGAUGCAUCUGUUCGCCCGAACAUACCUCCUCGAGGUCCUCCACAAGGAAGGCAUCACUCUGAAACUGGACAAUCUGCAUAUGCCCAAGCACAGCAGGGGCAUUCUUCUGUGCCCCAACAUGCCAAUGCCUGGGGCGGAUACUCUCCUGCUCCCUACAUGUCCGGAGCCGCUUCCCAGUCCAGUUUCCUUACGCCCAUCCCUACACAACAACAUAACUUGAAGCAGAAAUCGAGUUUUUUCAACUUCCGCCGGCGUAGCGACCACGAUGCGAAUAAGUUGCAAAGGAAAAGAAGUGCCGUGUUCUGA